ACGUAUGCAAGGAAAUCGCUUGGAUGGAUCUAUACCAUCCUCUCUCAGCCACUUGAUCAGCCUGGUGAACCUGGAUCUCUCAUCCAAUUCCCUGAGUGGCCCCAUGUUCAGCAACUUCGCCUUUCUUGAUGGCCUCACCUAUCUAAACCUCUCUGCUAAUAACAUUAGUGGGGAGAUUCCAGCUGAGAUUGGAGGCCUCACUUCAUUGAAGUACUU